AUGAAAGUGCAACCGACACACAAUAUUCAUCCAGUCUCAGAUAACAUUUCAUAUUUGUUGGCAAGCACGCUUCGCAUUCAGAGAGAAUUUAUUGUAGAAACCAAAAUUGUCACGGUACUCAAUGAAUGUCAAAUUGCACACAAACCAAAAUGCCAACAGACAUUGUGUCGUGAAUCUGCUACAAAAAAUUGUUUUCAACUGGCGAGGAACAUGACAAUCAUUUAA